UCUUUCUUUUAUUCUUCAAACAAAUGUUUCUUCCUACCACAAAAACAUAAACAAGGCCCUCCCUCCUCCUUUCUCGCGUAGCCCCCCGACCCGAACCCGAAACCAGCCUUAUGGCAUGCUCGACGAACGCUUUGUCUCUUUCUCUCUCUUCCAAGCUCAAUACCAAGUCGUCGCCUGACUUGAACCCCAACUCCUCCGACUUUUUCCUGCGGGUUAAUAAACCCGCCAAGGUUUCUUUCCGGGGUUCGAGUUCUGGUGAGUUGAAUCCAGGCCGAGUUGCUUUGUCAAGACCGAGUGGAUUCAGGGGGAGGAUUUGCGCCAAUGCAAUUCAGGUGAUGGAUCAGUCAGUUGGUGAAAAGAGCUCCAGCGCUCCCACUAUUGUUGAAGUGGAUUUGGGUAAUCGGAGCUACCCGAUCUACAUCGGUUCCGGCUUGCUUGAUCAACCUGAACUUCUUCAAAAGCAUGUUCAUGGGAAGAAAGUUCUUGUUGUAACUAAUACCACAAUUGCUCCGUUAUAUUUGGAUAAAGUUGUAGAUGCAUUGACAAAAGGAAACCCCAAUGUUUCUGUUGAAAAUGUGAUUUUACCUGAUGGAGAGAAGUACAAAAACAUGGAAACUCUUAUGAAAGUUUUUGACAAGGCCAUCGAGUCACGGUUGGACCGGAGAUCUACUUUUGUUGCCCUUGGGGGUGGUGUGAUUGGUGACAUGUGUGGUUUCGCUGCUGCAUCUUUUCUUCGUGGUGUUAAUUUUAUCCAGAUUCCUACUACUGUUAUGGCACAGGUUGAUUCUUCAGUUGGAGGUAAAACUGGCAUAAACCAUCCUCUUGGGAAGAACUUGAUUGGUGCUUUCUACCAGCCUCAAUGUGUGCUUGUAGACACAGACACAUUGGGCACUUUGCCAGAUAGGGAACUGGCAUCAGGGCUGGCAGAGGUUAUAAAAUAUGGGCUCAUCAGAGAUGCUGAGUUUUUCGAGUGGCAGGAAAAGAACAUGGAGAAACUGUUGGCAAGGGAUCCUAAUGCGCUGGCUUACGCUAUAAAGCGAUCAUGUGAAAACAAGGCUGAGGUUGUGUCAUUAGAUGAGAAGGAAAGUGGUUUGAGGGCUACGCUGAACUUGGGUCAUACAUUUGGUCAUGCAAUAGAAACUGGCUUCGGAUAUGGACAGUUGCUUCAUGGAGAAGCUGUUGCAGCUGGCAUGGUCAUGGCUGUUGACAUGUCAUACCGCCUUGGUUGGAUUAACAGUUCACUUGUCAAACGAGUUAAGGAUAUCUUACUGCAGGCUAAGUUACCCACUGCUCCUCCUGAAACCAUGACUGUGGAGAUGUUCAAGUCUGUCAUGGCAGUUGAUAAGAAGGUAGCUGAUGGGCUGCUAAGGCUUAUCCUUCUGAAAGGUCCUCUUGGCAAUUGUGUUUUCACUGGCGAUUAUGAUAGAAAGGCACUGGAUGAUACACUCUCUGCAUUUUGCAAGUCAUAGUUCCUGAUUUUAUUCAUUGCUUGUCUUAUUGCUUUACUCAAAUCAUUCAUCCAGAUCCUUGGGUCGUGUAUCGUUAUGGUCAUGCUACGUGUUUAUCGUACCUAGGAUUCUUCUUCUUGAGCUUCAUUGGCAAAGGCUUAUACCAACUUGUAAUGUUAGUGUCUAUGGCAGUCAAUAAAAAUGAAAAAUGCAUCUAAAAGAAUUUUUUUGGUU